CCAAUCUGUCCGCUAACAUCAUCAAGAUGGUUGUCAAGAAGAUGAGGAGGGCUUGUGGGCCUGAAUGGCGAAUCCGCAGUUCAUCGCACUGUUGCAGGAAGGCAGCUGGCCUCGUCUGCUUGAAGUGGUUGUGCAUGCGUUUAGUACAACUCACACGGAGGCACUGAGAGCACAACCUGGGAACCUGUUCUUUGCCCGCGCGUCCACACGUCUGCCAACGCUCACGCUCCCGACGCCCCUCCCUCCCUCUCGUGCACUUGCAUCCCAUGAAUGCUCUUUCACCGAUGCGUAACGCAAACAGGUUCCAACAUGCUCCCAUCAACCACCGCGUGGGCAGCAGCGCCGCUGACAAGUCCAUUUCGAUUGACAACAGCAGCUUAUGCGCUUCACCGUCGCAGCAAAGGCCACGAAUGUAAGCUGGCGGGCGGGACCGAAUCUGCUCCGCGCGGAGGGCCCUUUUUUGAUUGCCAAACAGGAGUGCGACACCGGGUACGCCCUGGGUGAUGGAGCACGGGGCCAUUGACUCGGAUAACACACAUUCUCGUUGUGUGCGGCCCAUUGCCUAGCAAUGUCACGAUUUGGAAAGGGUCCUUUUGAAGGACGGAAACGAGUACAUGACCAUGCUUGCAGCCAUUCCGCGGCAAGGACCCCACCAUUGCACAUUCACCAGUGUCUCCCCUCGUCCUCUUCUCACUCAUGGUCGACUAUACUAUAUGCACCUGGGUGACCCACAGACUUGUAUGAAUCUAGUUAUAACCGCUGCCUUGGUA